GAGACACACCGAGCUCUAACAGCGGAGAGACCAGGGGGAGCUGUCCGAAAAAAUUUAACUCGCAUUUAUACAUAUUUGAGUGUUUAUCCUCUGCAGCCGGUUUGUUUGAAACUACAGACCUUAUGGUAACGACAGGAGUAAACGGUUCGAGGGAAAGGUUGUAGCUUUUUGAAUAAAAAUCAGCUCGCCAAAUGAACUCGGUCAGAGCGACUAACAGAAGAGCCAGGCGAGUGUCGAGGCCGCGCCCGGUGCAGCCCGAGAGGAAUAACGCACAAAGAGAUGAGGACAUUCCUGCAGAUAUGGUUGCAGAAGAAUCUGGUCCAGGAGCUCAAAACAGUCCAUACCAACUUCGCAGAAAAUCCUUGUUGCCUAAGAGAACCGCGUGUCCCACAAAGAGCAGUAUGGAGGGAGCCUCCACUUCAGCAACAGAAACUUUUGGCCACAGAGCAAAACGUGCAAGAGUGUCCGGGAAGUCUCAAGACCUUCCAGCGUCCCCUGCAGAACAGUAUCUUCAAGAGAAGCUUCCAGAUGAGGUGGUCCUGAAGAUCUUUUCAUACCUGCUGGAACAGGACCUGUGUCAGGCUGCGUGUGUCUGCAAGCGAUUCAGUGAGCUGGCUAACGACCCUAUUCUAUGGAAAAGAUUGUACAUGGAGGUGUUUGAAUACACACGGCCCAUGAUGCACCCAGAGCCUGGCAAAUUCUACCAGAUAAACCCUGAAGAAUAUGAACAGCCAAACCCAUGGAAGGAAAGCUUUCAGCAGCUGUACAAAGGAGCACACGUAAAGCCUGGCUUUGCAGAACAUUUUUACAGUAAUCCAGCUAGAUACAAAGGGAGAGAAAAUAUGCUGUACUAUGAUACCAUUGAGGAUGCAUUGGGAGGUGUUCAGGAGGCCCAUUUUGAUGGGUUGAUAUUUGUUCAUUCUGGUAUUUACACAGAUGAAUGGAUCUACAUUGAAUCUCCCAUCACAAUGAUUGGGGCAGCCCCGGGAAAGGUAGCAGAUAAAGUGGUUAUUGAGAACACUAGAGAUUCAACAUUUGUGUUUAUGGAGGGUUCAGAAGAUGCAUAUGUAGGCUACAUGACCAUUAGGUUUAACCCUGAUGAUAAAUCAGCACAGCAUCACAAUGCACACCACUGCCUGGAGAUUACAGUGAACUGCAGCCCGAACAUUGACCACUGCAUUAUUCGCAGCACAUGCACAGUGGGGUCAGCGGUGUGUGUAAGUGGUCAGGGUACAUGUCCUAUUAUCAAACACUGCAAUAUCAGUGACUGUGAAAAUGUUGGACUUUACAUCACGGACCAUGCACAGGGCAUUUAUGAAGACAACGAAAUCUCCAAUAAUGCACUAGCGGGGAUCUGGGUGAAAAACCAUGGCAACCCCAUUAUCAGAAGGAACCACAUCCAUCAUGGCAGAGACGUUGGAGUUUUCACAUUCGACCAUGGAAUGGGCUACUUUGAGAGCUGCAACAUCCACAGAAACAGGAUUGCAGGUUUUGAGGUGAAGGCCUAUGCCAAUCCUACAGUAGUGCGUUGUGAAAUUCACCACGGCCAAACAGGGGGCAUCUACGUGCAUGAGAAGGGCAGAGGCCAGUUCAUAGAGAAUAAGAUCUAUGCCAAUAACUUUGCUGGCGUAUGGAUUACAUCAAACAGUGACCCUACCAUUAGGGGUAAUGCUAUUUUUAAUGGAAACCAAGGAGGCGUUUACAUAUUUGGGGAUGGCAGAGGUCUUAUAGAGGGCAAUGAUAUUUAUGGAAAUGCCCUCGCUGGAAUUCAGAUCAGAACCAACAGCUGUCCUAUAGUCAGACACAACAAGAUUCAUGAUGGUCAGCAUGGAGGCAUCUAUGUGCAUGAAAAAGGCCAGGGUGUUAUUGAAGAGAAUGAAGUGUAUAGCAACACACUGGCAGGGGUUUGGGUGACCACAGGGAGCACGCCUGUCCUUCGGCGAAACAGGAUACACAGUGGCAAACAGGUUGGAGUGUAUUUUUAUGAUAACGGUCAUGGGGUGUUGGAAGAUAAUGACAUCUACAACCACAUGUACUCUGGGGUCCAAAUCAGAACUGGAAGCAACCCUAAAAUUAGAAGAAACAAAAUAUGGGGAGGUCAAAAUGGAGGCAUUCUUGUUUACAACUCUGGUCUGGGCUUCAUUGAGGACAAUGAAAUAUUUGACAACGCAAUGGCUGGUGUGUGGAUUAAAACAGACAGCAAUCCCACCUUACGCAGGAACAAGAUCCACGAUGGUCGGGAUGGUGGUAUCUGCAUAUUUAAUGGUGGGAGAGGAAUUUUGGAAGAGAAUGACAUCUUCAGGAAUGCCCAGGCUGGUGUUCUCAUAAGUACAAACAGUCACCCAGUGUUGAGGAAGAACAGAAUAUUUGAUGGCUUUGCUGCAGGCAUUGAGAUAACAAAUCAUGCUACAGCAACCUUGGAAGGCAAUCAAAUAUUCAAUAACCGAUUUGGAGGGCUGUUUCUAGCCUCUGGUGUUAAUGUCACAAUGAAAGAUAACAAAAUCAUGAACAAUCAAGAUGCCAUAGAGAAAGCUGUAAGCAGAGGUCAGUGCCUGUACAAGAUUUCCAGUUACACCAGCUAUCCCAUGCACGAUUUUUACAGGUGCCACACCUGUAACACAACUGACAGAAAUGCAAUCUGUGUGAACUGUAUUAAGAAGUGCCACCAAGGGCAUGAUGUUGAGUUUAUACGACAUGAUAGGUUUUUCUGUGAUUGCGGUGCAGGAACGUUGUCAAAUCCAUGCACGUUGGCCGGCGAGCCCACGCACGACACGGACACUUUGUAUGACUCUGCGCCUCCUAUAGAGUCUAACACGUUACAACACAACUGAGGCUCAACCUGUUUUCCAUCUCAGCACCCUGGUCUUUAACCUAACCUGUCUACAGAGCGAGAGCUUCUACCACUUUAGGCUUAGAAAGACUCCGUGCAAAGAGACGGGACAAUUAAAAAAAACAUUUAGACUUUUAAAUAAACUGUGAUCCGCGGGAAAAGAAAUCAUCUGCGGGGAGAAAUUGGACUCCGACAGUAAGAUGCCUCUUUGCUUGAUACAGACAUCUGUCUCUAUAUUGCUAAAAGUGUUCCGAAUGCAAACGGAAGCGAAAGAUUCCGUUUUUUUUUUUCAGUUUGCUUUUGAUCUGCAAAAAGUUGGGUUUACUAGAGCUGUGGAAGAGGUAAGAGCUGCAAAGAGAAGCAAUAUGUUGACUCAGGAUUCUGGAGAUUAAGAGAUGAGAUGACUGUGGCGUGAGGUUUGAACAGCAGAACGGUGGCAACAUCAAACCCAAUAUGUGCAGGUUUAAUUGGAGAGGUCCUUCUGCAGUUUUGUACAGAUAUGACAAUGGCCAGAAACACAUGGAGUGAUCACCCCUCCCCCAGAGAGCUUGACUGGAUAGGAGGUAGAGCCAUGAUGACAUGGCUUCCGUGGCAACUGUUUCUAGGUAACAGAUUUGCUGGUUAAUAUGUAUGGUAUAAAAAAAUUUAAAAAUUGUGGUUAGCACUUGCUUUUUUAUGUUAAUGUUAUUCUGAUCAACAAAUAUGAUUUUAAGGCUUUCUCAUGUAGUUUUGUAUUUUCAAGCAAAAAUCUUACAGUAUUUGAAUGUCUUUUAUUUUAUUAUAUAUAUUAUAAUUAUUAUUGUUAUUAAUAUUUUCAUUUGCGCAUGUUAGGCUUGUAAUCAUACUGUGUCUCAGCAUAUAAAUUCUUUCUGUGAAAGAGGAAUAGUGAAAAAAAUGAUUUGGAAAACUUAACACUACAAUGUCCUCCAGCUAUGGUUUUUGAUAAGCAAGGUGUGAAGCAUUUGUCAAUGUGUGGUGUUUUUUAAUUUAUUUUUUUUAUAAACUUUCCUCUAGCUGUGAUUCUUAAAGCCUACUUGUGGUUGAACCCACAGCUCAAAGUGUUUGCUUCAUAUUUCACUGCCAUUUACACCAAAUGGGAAAGUUUCCUUCCUUUCUUUUCUUAUUUUAAAUAAAUGUCUGCCUAAAGGUUUGGAAAGUGAUUUCUAAAUGGUUUUAAGUGCAAAAACGGUCCCAAUGAAAGUGUUGAAUACACUUGAACAGUUGUUAAUAUUUAUAUAAAGUUCAGCUUCUCUCCUGUUUAUUCUCGUCCAUUAUGGCGCUGAUGUUGACACACAUUUCCCCCAGGUUUUUUAGAGUAUGUUUUCUUUUGGGUUAUUGGCCCAUCCUGUGCCUUUUUGUUUUUGAGUGUUAAAUAGAAUUGAAAAACAUUGCUGGAGUUUGCUAAGUUUAAGGCCCUGGCCUCUUCUAAGCUGAAACACACGUCUCUACGGCCUCAUUGUCUUUUUGCCCCUCGAUUUCAACCCCAUCUCUGUGUAAUGUGGUGACUGUGGCUUCUCAUGCCGCCUCAAUUGUAUGCAUGUACCAUAACAUCUAGACUUAAUAUAUUGUGAAGUAUUCAAUAACCAUUAUGUAGAUGCUAGUAUGAAUUCAAAAAGGGUUUAAUUUCCUAGAAAACAAAAGAAAAAGGAAACUGGUCAUUUUUAAGAAAAUAAACUUUAUUAGAUCAA